CAGCCUUCGGCUGUCUGGGCAUGCUGGGAGUUGUAGUUUUGCAAGAGCUGGAGGCACCCUGGUUGGGAAACACUGCUCUAGGAUGUUCAUGUUACACCUAGAGAUAUUCAUGUUAUAUCCAGAAAUGUUUGUGUUACAUUCAGGGACACUCAUGUUAUAUCCAGGGGUUCUCAUUAUAUAUAAAGGACUGUCCAUGUGAUAUAAAGAGGUUCUCAUUAUAUAUAUAAAGGACUGUCCUGUGAUAUGAAGGGGUUCUCAUUAUAUAUAAAGGACUUUCCUGUGAUAUAAAGGGGUUCUCAUUAUAUAAAAAGGGCUGUCUAUGUGAUAUAAAGGGGUUCUCAUUAUAUAUAAAGGACUGUCCAUGUGAUAUAAAGGGGUUCUCAUUAUAUAUAAAGGACUGUCCUGUGAUAUAAAGAGGUUCUCAUUAUAUAUAUAAAGGGCUGUCUAUGUGAUAUAAAGGGGUUCUCAUUGUAUAUAAAGGACUUUCCUGUGAUAUAAAGGGGUUCUCAUUAUAUAUAAAGGACUGUCCUGUGAUAUAAAGGGGUUCUCAUUAUAUAUAAAGGACUGUCCAGGUGAUAUAAAGAGGUUCUCAUUAUAUAUAAAGGACUGUCCAUGCAAUAUAAAGAGGUUCUCAUUAUAUAUAAAGGACUGUCCAUGUGAUAUAAAGGGGUUCUCAUUAUAUAUAAAGGACUGUCCUGUGAUAUAAAGAGGUUCUCAUUAUAUAUAAAGGACUGUCCAUGUGAUAUAAAGGGGUUCUCAUUAUAUAUAAAGUACUGUCCAUGUGAUUUAAAGGGCUUCUCAUUAUAUAUAAAGGACUGUCCAUGUGAUAUAAAGGGGUUCUCAUUAUAUAUAAAGGACUGUCCAUGUGAUAUAAAGGGGUUCUCAUUAUAUAUAAAGGACUGUCCAUGUGAUAUAAAGGGGUUCUCAUUAUAUAUAAAGGACUGUCCAUGUGAUAUAAAAGGGUUCUCAUUAUAUAUAAAGGACUGUCCUGUGAUAUAAAGAGGUUCUCAUUAUAUAUAAGGACUGUCCAUGGAAUAUAAAGAGGUUCUCAUUAUAUAUAAAGGACUGUCCAUGUGAUAUAAAAGGGUUCUCAUUAUAUAUAAAGGACUGUCCAUGUGAUAUAAAGGGGUUCUCAUUAUAUAUAAAGGACUGUCCAUGUGAUAUAAAGGGGUUCUCAUUAUAUAUAAAGGACUGUCCUGUGAUAUAAAGAGGUUCUCAUUAUAUAUAAAGGACUGUCCAUGUGAUAUAAAGGGGUUCUCAUUAUAUAUAAAGGACUGUCCUGUGAUAUAAAGAGGUUCUCAUUAUAUAUAAAGGACUGUCCAUGUGAUAUAAAGGGGUUCUCAUUAUAUAUAAAGGACUGUCCAUGUGAUUUAAAGGGCUUCUCAUUAUAUAUAAAGGACUGUCCAUGUGAUAUAAAGGGGUUCUCAUUAUAUAUAAAGGACUGUCCAUGUGAUAUAAAGGGGUUCUCAUUAUAUAUAAAGGACUGUCCAUGUGAUAUAAAGGGGUUCUCAUUAUAUAUAAAGGACUGUCCAUGUGAUAUAAAAGGGUUCUCAUUAUAUAUAAAGGACUGUCCUGUGAUAUAAAGAGGUUCUCAUUAUAUAUAAGGACUGUCCAUGGAAUAUAAAGAGGUUCUCAUUAUAUAUAAAGGACUGUCCAUGUGAUAUAAAAGGGUUCUCAUUAUAUAUAAAGGACUGUCCAUGUGAUAUAAAGGGGUUCUCAUUAUAUAUAAAGGACUGUCCAUGUGAUAUAAAGGGGUUCUCAUUAUAUAUAAAGGACUGUCCAUGUGAUAUAAAAGGGUUCUCAUUAUAUAUAAAGGACUGUCCAUGUGAUAUAAAGGGGUUCUCAUUGUAUAUAAAGGACUGUCCAUGUGAUAUAAAGGGGUUCUCAUUAUAUAUAAAGGACUGUCCAUGUGAUAUAAAGGGGUUCUCAUUAUAUAUAAAGUACUGUCCAUGCUACAGUAUAUACAGAGAUGCCCAGAGUGCUCAUGUUAUACACAGAUAUUUCCCAUGUUAUAUAUAAUGAUGUUGUUUAAAUACAUAGGUGCUUGUGUUAUAUACAGAGAUUUCCAUUAUAUAUACAGGAGAAUCCAUGUUAUCUAUCGUGACAUUUGUACAAGAUCGUCCGUGCUAUAUACAGAAGUCUCCAUGUUAUAUACAGGGGUGUAUAUGUUAUAUACAGGGGUGUAUAUGUUAUAUACAGGGGUGUAUAUGUUAUAUACAGGGGUGUAUAUGUUAUAUACAGGGGUGUAUAUGUUAUAUACAGGGAUGUCCAUGAUAUUCCUUGGUAACCACAGGCGUUCAUGUUUUUAUACACCAUGUAAUAUACAGGAGUAUCCAUCCAGUAUACAGGAGGGGUCAUGUCAUAUACAGGAGGGGUCCAUGUCAUAUACAGGAGGGGUCCAUGUCAUAUACAGGAGGGGUCCAUGUCAUAUACAGGAGGGGUCCAUGUCAUAUACAGGAGGGGUCCAUGUCAUAUACAGGAGGGGUCCAUGCCAUAUACAGGAGGGGUCCAUGUCAUAUACAGGAGUAUCCAUCCAGUAUACAGGAGGGGUCAUGUCAUAUACAGGAGGGGUCCAUGUCAUAUACAGGAGGGGUCCAUGUCAUAUACAGGAGGGGUCCAUGUCAUAUACAGGAGGGGUCCAUGUCAUAUACAGGAGGGGUCCAUGUCAUAUACAGGAGGGGUCCAUGUCAUAUACAGGAGGGGUCCAUGUCAUAUACAGGAGGGGUCCAUGUCAUAUACAGGAGGGGUCCAGGCCAUAUACAGGAGGGGUCCAUGUCAUAUACAGGAGGGGUCCAUGUCAUAUACAGGAGGGGUCCAUGUCAUAUACAGGAGGGGUCCAUGUCAUAUACAGGAGGGGUCCAUGUCAUAUACAGGAGGGGUCCAGGCCAUAUACAGGAGGGGUCCAUGUCAUAUACAGGAGGGGUCCAUGUCAUAUACAGGAGGGGUCCAUGUCAUAUACAGGAGGGGUCCAUGCCAUAUACAGGAAGGGUCCAUGUCAUAUACAGGAGGGGUCCAUGUCAUAUACAGGAGGGGUCCAUGUCAUAUACAGGAGGGGUCCAUGUCAUAUACAGGAGGGGUCCAUGUCAUAUACAGGAGGGGUCCAUGCCAUAUACAGGAGGGGUCCAUGUCAUAUACAGGAGGGGUCCAUGUCAUAUACAGGAGGGGUCCAUGCCAUAUACAGGAGGGGUCCAUGUCAUAUACAGGAGGGGUCCAUGUCAUAUACAGGAGGGGUCCAGGCCAUAUACAGGAGGGGUCCAGGCCAUAUACAGGAGGGGUCCAUGUCAUAUACAGGAGGGGUCCAUGUCAUAUACAGGAGGGGUCCAUGUCAUAUACAGGAGGGGUCCAUGUCAUAUACAGGAGGGGUCCAUGUCAUAUACAGGAGGGGUCCAUGUCAUAUACAGGAGGGGUCCAUGCCAUAUACAGGAGGGGUCCAGGCCAUAUACAGGAGGGGUCCAUGUCAUAUACAGGAGGGGUCCAGGCCAUAUACAGGAGGGGUCCAUGUCAUAUACAGGAGGGGUCCAUGUCAUAUACAGGAGGGGUCCAUGUCUUAUACAGGAGGGGUCCAGGCCAUAUACAGGAGGGGUCCAUGUCAUAUACAGGAGGGGUCCAUGUCAUAUACAGGAGGGGUCCAUGUCAUAUACAGGAGGGGUCCAUGCCAUAUACAGGAGGGGUCCAUGUCAUAUACAGGAGGGGUCCAUGUCAUAUACAGGAGGGGUCCAUGUCAUAUACAGGAGGGGUCCAUGUCAUAUACAGGAGGGGUCCAUGUCAUAUACAGGAGGGGUCCAUGCCAUAUACAGGAGGGGUCCAUGUCAUAUACAGGAGGGGUCCAUGCCAUAUACAGGAGAGGUCCAUGUCAUAUACAGGAGGGGUCCAUGUCAUAUACAGGAGGGGUCCAUGUCAUAUACAGGAGGGGUCCAUGUCAUAUACAGGAGGGGUCCAUGUCAUAUACAGGAGGGGUCCAUGCCAUAUACAGGAGGGGUCCAUGUCAUAUACAGGAGGGGUCCAUGUCAUAUACAGGAGGGGUCCAUGCCAUAUACAGGAGGGGUCCAUGUCAUAUACAGGAGGGGUCCAUGCCAUAUACAGGAGGGGUCCAUGCCAUAUACAGGAGGGGUCCAUGUCAUAUACAGGAGGGGUCCAUGUCAUAUACAGGAGGGGUCCAUGUCAUAUACAGGAGGGGUCCAUGUCAUAUACAGGAGGGGUCCAUGUCAUAUACAGGAGGGGUCCAUGCCAUAUACAGGAGGGGUCCAUGCCAUAUACAGGAGGGGUCCAUGUCAUAUACAGGAGGGGUCCAUGUCAUAUACAGGAGGGGUCCAUGUCAUAUACAGGAGGGGUCCAUGUCAUAUACAGGAGGGGUCCAUGUCAUAUACAGGAGGGGUCCAUGUCAUAUACAGGAGGGGUCCAUGUCAUAUACAGGAGGGGUCCAUGCCAUAUACAGGAGGGGUCCAUGUCAUAUACAGGAGGGGUCCAUGUCAUAUACAGGAGGGGUCCAUGUCAUAUACAGGAGGGGUCCAUGUCAUAUACAGGAGGGGUCCAUGUCAUAUACAGGAGGGGUCCAUGCCAUAUACAAGAGGGGUCCAUGCCAUAUACAGGAGGGGUCCAUGCCAUAUACAGGAGGGGUCCAUGUCAUAUACAGGAGGGGUCCAUGCCAUAUACAGGAGGGGUCCAUGCCAUAUACAGGAGGGGUCCAUGUCAUAUACAGGAGGGGUCCAUGUCAUAUACAGGAGGGGUCCAUGCCAUAUACAGGAGGGGUCCAUGUCAUAUACAGGAGGGGUCCAUGCCAUAUACAGGAGGGGUCCAUGUCAUAUACAGGAGAGGUCCAUGUCAUAUACAGGAGGGGUCCAUGCCAUAUACAGGAGGGGUCCAUGUCAUAUACAGGAGGGGUCCAUGUCAUAUACAGGAGGGGUCCAUGCCAUAUACAGGAGGGGUCCAUGUCAUAUACAGGAGGGGUCCAUGUCAUAUACAGGAGGGGUCCAUGCCAUAUACAGGAGGGGUCCAUGUCAUAUACAGGAGGGGUCCAUGCCAUAUACAGGAGGGGUCCAUGUCAUAUACAGGAGGGGUCCAUGUCAUAUACAGGAGGGGUCCAUGCCAUAUACAGGAGGGGUCCAUGUCAUAUACAGGAGGGGUCCAUGCCAUAUACAGGAGGGGUCCAUGUCAUAUAUCGGGGGCUCAGCUCUUCUGACCUCAUUCACUGUGUAAAUAUCUGUGUGAAUUUUCUAAAUUAGAAAAUCUCUUGUUAAUAAUAAUAAUAAUAAUAAUAAUAGUAUAAUACUAAUAUAAUAAUAUUCCGAUAAGUAACAUUUUGUAGCAUUUGUUUGAAGUCAGGAUUUUGCCCCUGAUUUGUAGGAAUAGAUCGAACUGUGAACUGUGUCCGGAUCUGAAGGUGGAGGCGACUAUCGCCAGAUCCCUUUGCACUUAUUGUUCUCUGUAAAUAUCGCGACAUUGUUAUUAUUAUUAUAUAGACUGAUCAUGAUUGUAAUUUAUUUAGAGAAAUAAAAAAAUAUAUUGCUUUGUUAUUUGAACUGAAGAAAUUCGUGCGAUCUGUUCACUGUACAUCUGUUUUUAUAGAAAGAUAAAUAGAUAGAUAUGAGAUAGAUAGAUCGAUAUUAGAUAGAUAGAUAGAUAUGAGAUAGAUAAAUAGAUAGAUAUG